AUGUCUAAUUUGGAUUUCUGCACUAUCUACACAACAACAGGCCAAAUUGAUCAACUUUCCUAUGCACAAAAGGCUGCAGAUUCAGGCGAUACAUGUAUCGGAAUAAAAAGUAGGAAUGGAAUAGUUCUAUUGGCAGAAAAGCCUCGGAUUUCUCCCCUCUAUGUGCUUGAAUCUGAUGAAAGGAUAAAAAGAGCAGGAAAUUCUGUUGCAGUUGUAUCCACAGGAUUGACUCCAGAUGUGUUUUAUGUCGGGUGUGCAGUUAAAGAUCAUGUAUUCCAUCACAAGGAAAACUUCAACGAGGACCCCACUCCGGAGAUUAUGAAGGUCUAUCUGAAUGAUAUAUUCCAUUAUUUCACUAGAAGCAUUAAUCUCAGGGUUUUGGGGGUAAAUAGCCUGGCAAGUGUAUACAAGGAAGGAAGGUUUUCAUUACUGCAUACCGAUUGCUCUGGAAAAACACUCUCCUACAAGGCAGCAUGCAUAGGAAAAGGAACGAGAAGAAUCAAGACAGAGCUUGAGAAGCUAGACAUCGACAAUAUGACGAUUGAGGAGAUGGUGGACACAGGGGUGAAAGUGCUGUAUAUGGCACAUGAUCCUUCCAAAGACAAGGAGUUCGAUAUUGAAGUUGGAAUUGUAUCUACAGAGACAGGGGGAAAGCUAAGAAAACUUGAAAGUAAUGAGAUACAAAUAUUUGUUGACAAGCAUAAGCACAUGAGUGUUGAUGAAGACUAG